UGAAAUAUGGCUCUCUUCGCUCGUGCGACGAGCAUUUUUAUAGUUUCAUAUAAAAAUUAUUCAAAGUUGAUUUUGCCAACCGUUAAAUCGAAAACAUGGAAAAAUUUUCCUUCAAAAUCCACCUUUUUUGGCCACUCAAUUCUAAAUGUGCGCUUCUCACAUUCAGAUCAAACGAAAAAGGGUGAACCUGAGACAUUCGUCACGUUUGACAAUUUUCUAAAAGAGAGGAGGGACGAAGCAAAAAGAAGUAUUUUAGUCCAAGUCAACACAGAAAAUUCGCUUAAAGACUUGCAUUUUUAUUGCUCUACUUUCGGAGAAAUAAAGUCUAUGUUUUAUUAUGUGCUUUCUGAUAAUAAGUCGCACCACGUCUUAGUGGAAUUUGAGAAAGUGGAAUCUGUGGAUGCGAUUUUGAAAUCUGCGACGCACAUCAAGUUGGACCAAGUGAUUCCCGUGCAUUCCUCAAUGCUGUAUUUUCGAAAACUCAAGGCGAAACAUUUACAUGCGCCAAAGUUAAAAUUCCCAGUUAAAUACGCCAAACUCCCUGUCAAAGACAAACACUUUUUGGAGGUCUUGCAAAAUUCGAAAACGGCCGCGCAGCAAGUGCAAAAAUGUUACUCGAUUUUAAAACUCGACGAUCUUGGUCUGAGGCUACGAUUUCAGACAGCGCACCAAUUGGAACGUUGCUUUUCCGGAAUUUUUCCUGACAUGGAAGCCUUGCCAUUUGGCUCUUCAGUCAAUGGUUUUGGAAAAAUGGGCUGCGACUUAGACUUGUAUAUUAAUUUUCAAAGUAACCGAUCGGAGAAUGAAGAGAGCAGAUUAGUCUUUCAAACAAAACGCUUACAUGAUAACGAGAGACAUCAAUGCUCAGAUUUCGUUCGGAUUAUAGGGGACUUGAUAGAAAUUUUCGCCCCAGGAAUUUUCAAUGUGACGAAAAUUUUAAAGGCCCGAGUACCAAUUGUCAAAUUUGACCACAGAAUCACGGGGGUUGAGUGUGAUCUCAGUUUAUCAAACAUGUCUGCUAUAUAUAUGUCGGAACUUUUAUACAUUUACGGGGAAAUCGACUGGAGAGUAAGACCCGUGAUUUUUACAAUUAGAAAAUGGGCACAAUCGCAAGGAAUUACUUCUGGAAAUCCGGGCGGUUACAUCACGAAUUUUUCGCUUACACUCCUCAUUAUUUUUUAUCUACAGCAGAAAAAAGUUUUGCCGACUUUGCUCGAAUUGAGAAGUAAAGCCUUACUCAACGACCUGCGAAUAACAGACACAAACGUGGACUGCACAUUUUUGCGCGACAUAUCAAUGUUGCGAAACAUCGAACCCCACGGCGAAGAUCCUUAUGCUCUUCUCCGCGGCUUUUUCGACUAUUACGCCGGCUUCGACUUCAAAGUUGACGCCGUCUGUCUGCGCCAGGGCGCCGUCUUGAGAAAAAAAGACAGCUCGCCAAUCUAUAUUUGCAAUCCUCUCGAGCCCAGUUUGAACGUCAGUCGGAACGUGACAUAUCGCGAGAUGGAGAAUUUCCGCACCGGAUGCCGCGACGCCGCCUGGCGGCUCGAGAACGCCGAGAAGCGACACUUCGACAAUUCCUGGGGAAUUAUUUCCCUGUUUGUUCACAAGGUGAGGAAUACAAAUCCGGGUCUAAAUGUUGCAGACGUGAUGCGAGAGAGGGAGCCGGAGAGCGAAGAAUCCGAUUUUAUUCUUGCGUCCAAAUGACGACAGGGACAAUUUGUUAAUAUAUAUAUAAGUUGAAUAUUUUUUUUUUAUUCGACCCUGUAGAAAAUGUACAUAUUUGAAUAUUUGAUAAAAAUUUGAUCUACCUUACAGACUGAUGAU